AUAGUGUUAUCGCACAUUUGCAUUUUUGGAAAUUUGAAGAUUCGUUCCUCUCCAAACUUUUCGACAAUCCACCAGAUUCCAGCAAUUGUGCGGCCAAUCUAUCAAGAUGGUAAGUUGAUCAUCACCAAACGAUCCGCUACAUUUGUAGCAGACGACAUCCCCAAGAUGCAGCUACAGACCUGAAAGCUUCCUUUUCCUCGCAUGAGCAGAAACGCUCCAAGUCUAUUGCAAGAUGUUCGGAUCUUGUAUCUGAAAUGCCAAUUGCUGACUCGAGGAUGACAGCCUUUCACCAAGCUGGUUAAGAACUCGGCGUACUACAGGUAAGUUCAAUCCAUGGUUAAUUUUGAAUAUCGAAUAAUUAAAAAACUAACAAAAUCUUCUCAGUCGCUACCAAACCAAGUAUAAGCGCCGUCGUUCCGGAAAGACCGAUUACUACGCACGAAAGCGUCUCAUCACCCAGGCCAAGAACAAGUACAAUGCACCAAAAUACCGUCUCGUCGUUCGAUUCACCAACCGCGACAUUGUCAUGCAAAUCGUAACCUCCGAGAUCACUGGUGACAAAGUCUUCUGCGCUGCCUACUCCCACGAACUCAAGGCUUAUGGCAUUGAGCACGGUCUUACCAACUGGGCCGCUGCUUACUGCACUGGUCUUCUUAUCGCCCGUCGUGUCCUCGCCAAGCUCGGUAUGGACAAGGACUUUACUGGUGUUGAAGAGGCUGAUGGAGAGUACACACUCACUGAGGCUUCCGAGGGUGAUGAGUCCCGACGACCAUUCAAGGCCUUCCUCGAUGUUGGUCUUCACCGAACCUCCACUGGUGCCCGUAUUUUCGGUGCCAUGAAGGGUGCCUCUGACGGUGGUAUCCUCGUUCCUCACUCCGAGAACCGUUUCCCAGGUUACGACAUGGAGACCAAGGAGCUUGACGCUGAGACCCUCCGAAAAUACAUUUACGCUGGACACGUCGCUGAGUACAUGGAGACCUUGGCCGAUGACGAUGAGGAGCGAUACAAGUCCCAAUUCCAGGGCUAUAUCGAUGAUGAGAUAGAGGCUGAUGGAUUGGAGGAAUUGUACCAGGAGGCUCAUAAGGCCAUCCGUGAGGACCCACACAAGAAGGUCGACGAUGCUGGUGAGAAGAAGUCCAAGGACGAGUACAAGAAGGAGUCACUCAAGUACAAGGGACGCAAGUUGAGCAAGGCCGAGAAGAUGGAGAGAGUCAAGACCAGAAUUGCCGAGAUCAAGGAAUCAUCAUAGAUUCUGGUUUAUGUUUUCGGUUUUGUCCCUGGAGUGCCUGGUUCUGUGUAAUAGGAUUUUCG